CUUGAGACCAGCAGUAGGCAGAAAGAGGGGCAUGUGGCGCACGAGCUCAUUUCAGGCAACGUUACAGAGUGAGGAGGGGAAAAAUCCCAUGCUUUCGAGCUGAGUCACGACUCCCUGAGAUCCGCACUGCGACGCGCUUUUUUUUAUUAUUAUUAAUACCGCUUGAACCUAGUGCAGCUAGAACCUGGAACCAACUCGGAUGCAGAAUUUAAGCUGUAAAUAGUUUUAUUGCAUUGUUGCUGUUUGUGAUUUAAAUUAACUGUUUACAAAUUGUGCAAAGAUGUCACAGAAAGAUACAGAGCCAAGCUCUUUAGCAAAGGAGGACCUAAGUGAACCAGGAGAGAACCAGAACCCAGUCCCUAAAGCCAAGGGGAUUGAUGCGAUGGGUAUUUUAUGGACUUUUGGGAAAUGCCUGACAGCUUUGCUGCCCGUUUACCUGGCGGGGUAUUACCGAGUCAGCAGCAGUUUGGUGGUGUGUGGGCUCGCGCUCUACUCGGGAUGGAAACACACUCGAGAAGCCAAAGAGGCGAGGUUGAGGUCCGCCAUACAGCUUCUCAACGAAGAGCAUGAAACAUCCGCCAGCGUGUACAAAAGCCGAAAAGACCUACCUGUCUGGGUCAAUUUCCCAGAUGUGGAGAAGGUUGAAUGGCUUAAUAAGGUCAUCCAGCAAGCAUGGCCAUUUAUUGGCCAGUACUUACAGAAAUUGCUGACGGAGAGCAUUGCACCAUCCCUCAGAGCAUCCAGUCAACACUUGCAGACCCUCAGCUUUACCAAAAUUGACUUUGGUGACAAGGCUAUGAAGGUUGUAGGAGUGAAGGCUCAUAGUGAGACUGAAAAAGGACAAGUGCUACUGGAUGUCUACAUCAGCUAUGUGGGGAAUGUAGAAAUAAAUGUGGAGGUGAAGAGGUAUUUCUGUAAAGCAGGAGUGAAGGGGAUACAGCUCAACGGUAUGAUGAGAGUGAUUUUGGAGCCUUUGAUUGGUGAUGUUCCCAUUGUAGGCGCACUCAGUAUGUUCUUCAUCCGUAGGCCUAAGCUGGACAUCAACUGGACUGGUCUAACCAAUUUAUUGGACAUUCCAGGACUCAACCUGAAAACAGACACGAUGAUAAUGGAUGCCAUUGCGUCUUUUCUGGUGCUGCCUAACCGCCUUACCAUUCCAUUAGUACCGAAUUUACCAGUGGCACAGCUACGCUCCCCUCUGCCCAGGGGUGUGGUUCGUAUUCACCUAUUGGAAGCCGAUAAAUUGCCUGCUAAGGACAACUAUGUGAAGGGUGUGAUGUCAGGCUUGUCUGACCCUUAUGCAUUGAUUAGAGUGGGGCCACAGACAUUCAGAUCCCACCACAAAGACAACACAGACAGCCCAAAAUGGGGUGAAAUGUAUGAGGUAAUUGUUCAUGAAGUACCUGGACAGGAACUGGAGGUAGAAGUGUAUGACAAAGAUCCAGACCAGGAUGACUUCCUGGGGAGAACUAAUGUGGAUUUGGGAAUUGUGAAAAAGGCUAAAAUUGUUGAUGAGUGGUUCACUUUGAAGGAUGCUCCUACAGGGCGUGUUCACCUCAAGCUGGAAUGGCUGACAUUGCAGGACACCACUGAUUCCCUUGAGCAGGUUCUGAAAAGAAACAAAUCAGUUCUGAGUAAAACAGCAGACCCCCCCUCAGCAGCCGUCUUGACAGUGUAUUUGGACAAGGCAGAGGCACUUCCUAUGAAAAAAGGCAAUAAAGAUCCCAGUCCAAUGGUGCAGCUUUCUGUGCAGGACGUAACCCGAGAAAGCAGAACCUGCUGGAACACGGUUAAUCCUUUGUGGGAAGAUGCCUUCACAUUCUUCAUCCAAGAUCCACACAAACAGGAAAUUGAUAUCCAGGUGAAAGAUAAUGAUCGUGUACAGCCUCUGGGCAGCCUGUCCAUCCCAAUCUCCCGUCUUCUCUCAUGUUCUCAGCUCAACCUGGACCAUUGGUUUGAUCUGAAUAAUUCUGGCCCAGCCAGUCGUAUUCACAUCAACACUAUUCUCAGGGUGCUCUGGAUUGAUGAAGCUGCUGUUUCCUCCUCCCUUCUCUCAAGCAGUCAGGCUUCUACACGACCUCAGCAUACCUCCACUGAUGACAGUUUUGCCACUGAGGGGGUGCUGCGUAUUCAUCUGGUGAAGGGACAGAAUUUGAUACCCAAGGACAACUUGAUGGGGGGCAUGGUGAAGGGCAAGAGUGACCCCUAUGUCAUCAUCAAUAUUGGGGGUAGCACCUUUAAAAGUUGUGUGAUCAAGGGAAACCUUAACCCCACCUGGAACGAGAUGUAUGAGGUGGUUUUGACUGAUCUCCCUGGUCAAGACUUGUCAUUAGAGAUAUUUGACCAUGACAUGGACAUGAAAGAUGACUUCAUGGGCAGAUUAAAUAUCAGUCUAAGUGACAUUAUUACAUCCAGAUAUAGGGAUGAGUUGUUUACUCUGAAUGACGUGAAACAUGGCCGUGUUCAUCUUGUUCUGGAGUGGUUGAACAGUGUAACCCAGUCAGAUAAACUGGACCAAGUGUUACAUUACCAGUCUAAGAGUUCGUACAUGAACAAGGCAACACCUGCUGCGGCCCUGUUGUUUGUAUAUCUGGAGUCUGCCCAUGAUCUUCCAUUAAAGAAGAGUGGCAAAGAGCCUAAGGUUGGUGCUGAACUUGUUCUAGGAAAGACCACACAGAAAACCACGGUGUGUGAACGUACCAGCUCACCCCAGUGGAAUGAGGCCUUUCAUUUUCUAGUUUAUAAUCCCAAUGAAGAUAACCUUAUUGUGAAGCUGUCACACUGCUGGGACUUCUCUCUUGGCUCUGUGGUGAUUCCUAUAAGAGAGCUUCUCGACCAACCAAAUAUGCUGCUGGACCAGUGGUUAAAUUUGGAUGGCGCUUCACCUGAAAGUCAGAUCCUACUGAAAGCACAGCUUAAGAUCCUGUGCCCCAAAGUGACAGAGAAAUCCACAGAGAACAUAGAGACUGCUGUACCAAAGACCUCUGCCAAGGACAGCAAACCAGAGAAAGAACAAGAUGCAAAGCCAAGUGAGCUACUGGUUCCAAUCACUAUAUCUUCCAGUGUAACGUCUUCUGAUGAUAAUGGGAAGGAGAAAGAAAAGGAGAAAAAGGAGAGUGAGAAACCUCUAGUGGACAUAGUAUCAGUUGAAGUUCGACCUCCACAUACCAGCCCAGAUCCCAAUUUUGGAACUGAGGGUGUAAUGCGUAUCCACCUGCUGGAAGCGCAAAAUUUGAUUGCGAAAGACAAUCUUAUGGGGGGAAUAGUGAAGGGUAAAAGUGAUCCCUAUGUUAAGAUCAACAUUGGAAACAACACUUUUAAGAGUCAUGUCAUCAAGGAGAAUCUUAACCCUACCUGGAAUGAGAUGUAUGAGCUGGUUUUGACUCCUGAGUCAGCUUCACAAGUCAGCAUAGAGGUGUUUGAUAAGGACUUAGAUAAAGAUGACUUUCUAGGAAGAUUCCAUAUCAGCUUGAGUGAAAUCAUUCAGGCUCAAUACAUUGACCAGUGGUUUACUCUAGAGGAUGUAAAACAUGGACGCCUUCAUCUGGUUCUGGAGUGGCUCCCCACAAUAACAGAGUCAGAUAAACUACAACAGGCACUGCGGUUACAAUCCUUCUCCUACGAGAACAAAGCCUCACCCGCUGCAGCCUUGCUGUUUAUUCUUGUUGAGAAAGCUCAUGCACUGCCAAUGGUGAAGGGUGGGAAGGAGCCUAAGGCUGGAGCAGAGCUUAAUGUUAGUGGAACAUCUUACAAAACCAAGUUGUGUGAUCGCUCAACCUCUCCUCAUUGGAGUGAGAAGUUCCACUUUCUGAUUCAUGAUCCCAGAGAAGACAUUCUUAUUAUUAAGCUCUCCAGUGGUUGGGAUCAGCCACUGGGCACCCUGGUUCUACCAGUGAAAGAGCUUCUGUUAAAACAAGAGAUGCUGCUAGACCAGUGGCACAAUUUAGAUGGUGCUGCACCUGAAAGCCAAAUUCUACUGAGAGCACAACUUAAGAUUUUGGCCUCAAAGUUUGACAGAAAAGUUGAAAAACCUACCGAAAAAACUACUGAAAAACAUCCUGAAAAGUCUAUUGAAAAGCCAGUGGAAGAACCUAUCGGAAAAACAGCUGAAAAGUCUGAAGAACAGACUACAAAAAAGUCAACAGAAAAGUCUGUUGGUGAAAACAGUUCUACUGGUGGACAAAGUGGAGGGAGAACACCAAUCAAUGCUGAGCAGACAACACCCAAUAAAGAAGACCAAAGAAAACAAGAGACCAAGUCAACACCAAGGCUCAAUGAACUAGUGGCUUCUACAGUACCAGUGGGCGUUUCAUUUUCAGAAGACAAACAGAAAGUACCAGCAGCAAAUAUCACUCAUGACACAGAACAUGAGACAAAGGAUUUGAGUAAAGCUUCCUCAGUGGAAGGAGCCAGUAAGGCUUUGAAACCAAUGGCAGGAAGCGAUAAAACAUGUACAGGCAAUAACGAGCAACACUUGGAUAAGGCAGCCGAUAAUUCUCAUGAAAAGGUUCCUUCGACUGCUCCUGCUGCUGAAAAAAAUACAGAAAUACCACAUGUGCUACCCCAUCACACAAGUUCUUACUCUGGCUUUGCCACUCAGGGAGUGCUUCGUAUUCACCUUUUGGAGGCUCAGAAUUUGGUUGCAAUGGACAAUUUGAUGGGUGGCAUGGUAAAGGGAAAGAGUGACCCCUAUGUGAAGACUACAGUCGGGACCACAACCUUUAAAAGUCACGUGAUCAAAGAGAAUCUCAACCCAACCUGGAAUGAGAUGUAUGAGGUGAUUUUGACUCCUGACCCUAAUCUAGAAGUGAAGUUUGAACUCUACGACAAAGACAUUGACUCAGAUGACUUCCUUGGAAGGUUCAAAAUUAAGCUUGGAGAUAUAAUUAAAUCCCAGUAUAAUGAUGAGUGGUUUUCUCUAAAUGACGUAAAACAUGGCCGUCUCCAUCUGGUUCUCGAAUGGCUGCCCACUGUAACACAUCAAGAUAAACUACAGCAGGUGCUGCAGAUGCAAAGUUCCCAGUCAAGCCAGAAUAAGGCUGUUCCUUCAGCCGCACUGCUGUUUGUUCUUAUUGAGAGAGCACAUGCACUGCCUUUAAAGAAGAGUGGGAAGGAACCUAAAGCUGGAGCUGAACUUGUACUUGAGAAAACCUCUUACAAAACGAAGGUUUGUGAGCGCUCAACAUCUCCUCAGUGGCAUGAAGCAUUUCACUUCCUGGUUCAAGACCCGAACAAAGAAAUGCUUAUUAUUAAACUCUCUAGUGCAUGGGAUCAGCCAAUGGGUUCCCUUGUUUUCCCAAUCAGAGAGCUUCUCUUACAGCCAGAGCUUGUGCUGGAUAAGUGGCUGAGGCUCGAUGGCGCUUUGGCUGAGAGUCAAAUUCUACUAAGGGCAGAACUCAAGAUCCUGAACUCUAAGAUGGCAGCACUAAUGGCACUGGGUGCUGGUCCUGUUCUAAGCAAUAAACAGAUUCCCACCACUGGACAGAUCAGAAUUUCUCUAUCUUAUCAAAAGAAACUUGCUGUAAACAUCCAUGGCUGCAGAGGACUGGUGACAUCAUCAAAAGAAGGUAUAGACACUUAUGUGUCUCUGAUUUUGAUGCCUGAUAAAAGCAAAGCCACAAAGAGAAAGACUGCUGUGAAGAAGAAAGAUCUGAACCCUGAGUUUAAUGAGAGGUUUGAGUUUGACAUGACUAUGGAGGAUGCGCAACAGCGAGUGCUCAGUGUAUGUGUGAAGCACAGUUCGUCCUUCAUGAGUCGAGACAAAGAUGUCAUUGGCCAGGCAGAAAUUGAUCUGGCACAGAUUGACCUUGUAUCAGGUGUUACAGAAUGGUUUGACUUAAAAGACCACAAUUAGCUGGAGCGUCUGACCUUCUCUCAGUGGCCAAAUCCACUCAUCGAUUCAACUUUCUACUCAGAUGCCUUGCUACAAUAUUGCUUUCCAUUUCCCCUCUUUUAUUGCAGCUAUGUUUCGGACGCGAGGAUUACGAAAAUCAAUGGUGGAAUCAAUUUUACUUAUGAACAGAGUUUUAUUUAAGUUUAUUAGCAAGACAUAAGUGGGCUUCCAAGAAAUGUAAUCUAUUUACAUUGCUGCUUAUGCAAACUGGCAUAAUGAUUGUUUGAUUAUGCAAUAAUGAUAGUUUGAGAUGUUACUGUCAGUUUGUUAUCAGACAUUGGAAAUGCCUUUUCGCUUGUCUGUUGGUUGUUUUUGGCCAAGGACUUACGGACAUCACUGUGUUUUUCCAUUGUACCACUUACUGUUAUUAGCAUGGACCAGUAAAUUUAAAAGAGAUCAGUGCAGUACUGUGUAAAACUUGUUAAUAUAUUAUAACACUGAUGGCUGUUGUGUGCAUAGUGGGAUACUCACAGCAACAUGGGUAUUGCAAAGGGGAACGGAAAUCCAUUUGGAAUUUGCAGCUUACAGAGAGCAUUUUUCUUAUUUCAAGAUUAAAGCAAGUUUUCUUUUUUCUUUUUAUAAUUUUUUUCUUUGGGCUACAAAACUCGUUUAUAUUGUGCUGCUAUAAUCACUUUUACUGGCAAAUGUUUAUGUAUUUUGCACAUUUUAUUCAAGCAAAAUCAAAUAUUGACAGACAAGGCCUUUGAGCUUUGGCCCACUAUGAAUGUUAAUUUUUGCAGACAGAAUUAAUUAAAUUAGUCUAAAAAAUGUUUCACAGUCUUCCCUUAUAAUAAUAUGAUAGUGUGGGUUUUGAAUUCCUCCUUUACUAGUGGAAUUCCUUCUGAAAUCCUGAAUUUUGAGGAAAUGGGUUUUAUGUAAUCAACUACUCCACCAAUCAACUACUCCAUUCCACUCGAGAUGUUAAGUUAUGGUAUUACACUAUCUAUUUAGAUACCUUGCAAUUUUAUAUUACUACAUAGUUCAAAGAAAAUUAAUAUCGCAAAUCGCCAAGGAAAUCUCUUUGUUUAUUGCCAAAGGCAGGGGUGUUUAUAUGUUACAUGUGUCUACAAUACCCCUUGUGCUGCAUAUGCCAACUCCUGCAGAGAGCUGAGAAGUUGUUAGUAGAGGGGUUUGAUCUGCACCAGAAAAAACAUAAUUCCAAUACAGAGUUUCUAGACUGUGUUAUGAUUAAUGUGUUAGUAUUAAUAGGAAUUAGAUUGGCCUUAUGUAUAAAUAAGCUGCACUUCAAAAUUUUGGGGUUGUUUCCCUACAAGUUCCUGGAAGAUUGAGAACCUGGGUGUACCAAAUUGAUGUGAUUAUCAGUGGGUAAUGAAACUUUUUUUUUUUUUUUUUUUUGCUAAGAACAAAGUCCAGUUCUCAAUAUGCAAAUCUAAAAAAAAUUGAAGAUGGUGUGAAUAGACCUUUACUGCAUUUAUUAGAACAUAUGUUCAUGCUUGCACUCAACCUUGGAUGGCCUUACCUUUACGUGCAACAAACUGCAUAUAUCCUUGUUGCAUUUUUAUAUUUUGCUAAUUAUAUUUGAGUUAAUUUUUUGGGGUUUUCUGUUAUGGAAUAACAGGAGAUAUGGAGAUGGACUUUGUAUUAUGUAUAUGCUAUUGUUACUGAUGUUAAAAUGGUUAAAUUUCAGACAUACGUGGAUAAAAACUAGGGAAGCAUAUAUAUUUUUCCAACAAUAUCGCUUUUUGGCAAUAGAUCAGGGGCAUAUUCACGAAGAAUCUUUAGGCUAAGGUUUGCUCCAUAAUCCAAACAUUAAGACACAAAGCAUAUCAUAAGAGUCCUCUGGAUGACCUUAAAUUCAACAAGCUUUAAAAAGGCUUUGUGUUGCUUGUGGGAGUAUUUUAUAUAACAGAUUAGGGGAAGUUCCUCCAUCUGAACUGAAAACAUGUAUCAGUCAUUAAAUCUUCUCUGCAUUGCUACGGAUGACUGGAUUACUGAAUAAUAAUUGAAUGUAGAGGAAAACUUAUAAAUGCAAAUCUAAAGAUGGAGAAAUCUUACUAAUAAGAAUCUUUGUAAAUAUGCCAUAUUUUAGAGUGUAUACUUUUCCUAUCUGCUAAGUUUUUUCUUUAAGUAUUAUUAUUUUAUGAUCCAAAACUUGCUUGAAUGUAACUGCUACAUGAAUGAACAUGAAAAAGCAAAAACACCAAAGAAUUAAAUAACACAAACUGUAACACUGUUACUAAUAGACUGCAUUGUACACAGCUCUGCAUUGUUUAAUAUUCACUCUGCUGGCAAACACUUGAAUAAUUGCUUGAAUAUUACCAUUCAAUACUAUUAAAAUGCCAUUAAAGUUCACAUUUAUCCACCAAA